AUGACCGUUGAAGCAGUUAAGCCAGAGAACGAAUCCUACGUUUUCCAAGGUACCAUCAAUAAGAAAGCACCAAUGGUGCUAGGUGGUAAAGGUAUUCGCAUGACCGUCGAAAAAGAUGGUAAGGUUAGCGAAGUUAUCGAUGCUGUAACCGGUGCCGCUGUCGGUGCUUUGGGUUGGGGUGACGAAGAGAUUUUGCCUAUCAUUGAAGAAGCUGCUCGUAACCACACUUACACUUUCCCAUCUUUGAUCGGUAACAAGCCAUCUGAGGAUUUGGCCAAGUUUUACAUCGACCACUCUCCAGAAGGUGUCUUUUCCGCCGCUUUGUGGUGUUGCUCUGGUUCCGAGAGUAACGAAAACGCUAUGAAGAUCAUUAGACAAUACCAAAUCGAGCGUGGUUGCCCAGAAAAGACCAAGAUCAUCUCUAGAGCUACUUCCUACCACGGGUUCACCUUGGGUGCUUUGUCCAUCUCAAACUGUUUCCGUGCUGACAUGUUCAAGGAUAUUCUAAUUGACCAAGAGAAGUGUUUGAAGAUGCCACCAUGCUACCCAUACAGAUUCCAAAAGAAGGAUGAAACCGAAGCACAAUAUGUUCAACGUCUGUUGGACGACCUAGAAAAAAUCAUCAUCGACAACGAUCCAAAGACCGUUUCCUGUGUUGUUGUUGAGACUUUGCCAGGUUCUUCCUUGGGUACUGCCCCACCACCUAAGGGCUACCUACCAGGUUUGCGUGCACUAUGUAACAAAUACGACCUCAUCUUCAUGUUGGACGAAGUCAUGUGUGGUACUGGUAGAUCUAACCCUAACGGUAAGUUGAACUGUUGGGAGAACUUCUUGGAGCCAAAGGAUGCCCCAGAUAUUCAAACUGUCGGUAAGACCUUGGGUUCUGGUUAUGUCACGAUUGCCGGUGUUUUGGUCGGACCAAAGAUCAGAGAUGCUUACAUCAAGGGUUCCAACAGUGUGUUCGGUUCUCACACCUACGCCUCUCACGGUUUCAACUGUGCUGUUGCCUUGGGUGUGCAAAAGAAGAUCAUGCGCGAUGGCUUGACCUCUAACAUCUUCAAGAUGGGUAACUUGAUGGGCCAAAAACUCGAAGAUGCUCUAUUGAAGGAAGACAACAUCGUCGGCGACGUCAGAGGUAUUGGUGGUUUCUGGUCUUUGGAAUUCGUCAAGGACAAGGUCACCAAAGAACUAUUCCCUGUUGAGCUAGACGUUGGUCACCGUUACCAACAAGUUUGCUACGACAACGGCUUGAAUGUCAUGGGUAUGCAAGGUAACGCCGAUGGUAUCAACGGUGACAUUGCCUUGUUCGCUCCAUCUUUCGUCAUUACUGAAGCGGACGUCGACGAAAUUGUUUCGAGAGCUGUGAAGUCUGUCAACGAGUUGACCGCACAACUAAAGGCCGAAGGCCAAUGGUAG